AGGUCUAAACGAAUAUGAGAUCUUUUAACAUUGAUCUUUGCCCAUUACAUUUGAUAAAUUUUUUGAUCUUAUCAUUUGCUUAAUUUUUCUUCACAAGCAUUUAAAGUGCAAUUAGUUUUCUAGUCUUCAUAUUAAGAAAAAAACAAGAACAAAAAUGAGACUCAGAUUUGCUGCUAAUAUUUCAACUCUUUUUAGAGAAUAUGAAUGUUUAUCUGAUAGAUAUCAAGCAGCUAAAGAUUUUGGAUUUAAAGCUGUAGAAACACAGUUUCCCUAUACUGUUCCUGUAGAAAAUUUGAAGGCUGCUCAGCAACAAACCAAGUUGCAACAAGUUCUAAUAAACAGUUUUCCAGGUGAUAUAUCCAAGGGAGAAUUUGGUUUUGCAAUAAAAGCAGAUACUAGAAGUGAUUUUGAAAAAAGUCUUAAUUAUACUUUAGAAUAUGCAACAAGUUUGAAUUGCAAAAGGGUUCAUUUACUAGCUGGUGAAUUAUCUGAUAGUUCUGAAGAAAAAGAAGCUGAAUCUAUUUAUGUUGAAAAUAUAGAAAAAGCUGUUGAUCUUUUCAAAAAAUCAGAUAUAACAGUUCUCAUAGAGCCUAUUACAAGAAAAACAAGACCUGGUUAUUUCUUAGCUGAUUUUGAUCAAGCUAUUAAAUAUAUAAAGAAGAUAGACAGCAAUUACUUAAAACUCCAAUUGGAUAUUUUUCAUCUUCAAAUGAUUUGUGGAAAUGUAUCAAGAAUUGAAGAAUUACUCCCUUAUACAGGUAUAUAUUUUAUAAACAUGUAUAUACAGUAUGGUUCACCGUAUGCAACCAAUACAUUCCAAGGCACCUUACAGAAAUUUGCAUAA